AUGGAUAAGAAGAUGGUAGAAGCAGUCAUAGAUAUUUUAACAACAUGUAAAUCAAGCAGGAAGGUUGAGGAAAUGCUUGAAAGGAAGGGAAACAGGAAGGAGUCACCGUUUGCCCGAGGCGUAGGGUCUAAUGACGACGCUGAACAUGGUUCUCGUGCACAGAUUGUGGGAAAAAAAGUAUGGAUGGAUGUGAUGAAAGUGUGGCUCUACUCUUCAAGCAAUGGCGAUGCUGUGGAGAAUGCAAAUGUUGUUUUACUUUCUAUUCAAGGAGGAUUUAAGAAAGUGACAAUGCAGAUUAGGCAAGGACUGGAGAAGCUUUCAGGUGAAGAGAUAGCGUUAUGGUUCUUUUUUGCGGUGGUGGCAUCGGAACACUGUAUGGACUAUGGAUAUCAUAUGGAUGUGCGACCAGUAAAUAAUCAUUCAGAAGUGAUGGACAUAAACAUUUCCAUAGGUUUGUACAAUAUACAAGAGGUUGAUAUAGUUAAAGGAGUUUUGACAGUUUCCAUAUCCACAUUUGUGUCGUGGUUUGAUCAACGCAUGGUGUGGAAGCCCGCUGAAUUUGGUGGAAUAACAAAGAUUCGAAUUUCAAUGAAGGAAGUUUGGACUCCUCCAAUUACAUUGUUAAACCCUGUAGAAUUUACAACAAUGGCACAUUUCCGACUGAAGCUUAAACGCCAGUCUCUGUUCUAUAUCCUUACAGUGAUUCUGCCAGUUGUCGGCAUAGGGAGUCUAGCAGGUAUUGUGUUCCUACUGCCGAGUGAAUCCGGCGAACGAGUCAGUUUUACUUUCACCAUCCUAGUGGCUCUGGCGGUCUUUCUUACAGUGGUUGAAGAUCAUCUGCCGAAAUCUUCAGAACCAGUGUCGUUAAUGUGCACCUUUGUUCUAAUAGGAAUCUUGACUAAUUGUGCAGGGUGCGUGUUCGUUGUUUUGAAUCUGGCCAUCUUCCACAGAGACGAAUCGGUUCCAAAGAUGAAGUGGCAUACAUCGAUCUCACAAUGUAAAAGGAAGAAUAGAGACAUAUACACCAUACGAAUGGAACAGAGCGAAGAAUUCAGACCUUCCCAGAGUAAUGAGGUUAUUAAAACAAAGCCGAUAAAGGUGAAGGAAACUGAGGUAAAUGGAGAUGAAGUGGUGACGUGGCGAGACGUGAGCAAAGCUAUUGACAGAGUGAUGAUGUACAUAAUGAUAAUAGUGGGUUCUGUUCCCGUACCAAUACUUAUGAUUUACAUAUCCGCUCUCUCUGAAUAUCCCGAAACUUAA